GUGACUCUGCACCUUUCCCCAGGCUGCAGCUACGAGCUAACGACACGAGCGCCGAAGCAAAGUGUCCGAGCUGCUGCAGCAUCUGAGCUUCCUAUCCAAACAAGGCUUUCAGCCUCGAUAUGAUACACGGGCGGGCUGGCAAGACAUGUCGCCUCGAAUCGGUAGUUGGGCGGUAAUUGGAAAGCCAUCAAUCGUGUCGUUAUGCGGAAGGUGGGCUGGUGGAAGCCCCACGAGUGGCUUGAUACCUAGGUAGGUAGGGUCCUGAAAUGUACAUACGCCAGACACUUGUGGCAGGAAAAACAUUUGGAUACCAAGUUUUCCUCAACCUUCGUAUUCCCUGUUGUGCGAUUGCUUGUGAUUUUGCUUCGCUUUUGUCUUCAAGGUUUGCCAUUAAAAAUUCAGGGUGA